CACGUGGUGCGGGUCACGAGAUCCCCUUGCAGUGCUGACGCGGGGCUGGGUGGACGCUUAUUGAAUAAACUAAAGCGUAAAAAAUAAACACGCAACUUUUAACGCUCCAUCGCGGGGACCGCGGAUCAGCAUGUCACAGUAGCUACUCAUCCCGCGGAGAAGGCAAUCUGGCUGCCGAUGGACACGCUUAAAGCUACGGCUAGUUUCCUCACGGGACUUCUGGGCCCUUCUUGCGAGAUCGACAUUGUGUUGGAUGGAGCGGAGACCAGAAAGACUGCCGAGAUUAAGACCGAGGAUGGAAAGGUGGAGAAGCACUUUUUGUACUUUGACGGCGAGUCCGUCUCCGGAAAGGUGAACAUCACCAUGAAGCAGUCAGGGAAGAGGCUGGAGCACAAUGGCAUAAGGAUAGAGUUUAUUGGACAGAUUGAGCUAUUCUAUGACAAGAGCAACACCCACGAGUUUGUGAGUUUGGUGAAGGAGCUGGCUUUGCCCGGGGAGCUCACGCAGAGCCGCAGCUACGACUUUGACUUCAUGCAGGUGGAGAAACCCUACGAGUCGUACACCGGCACCAACGUGCGCCUCCGGUAUUACUUGAAAGUGACAAUCGCCCGCCGUUUGACGGACAUUGUGAAGGAGUACGAGCUUGUGGUUCACCAGCUCUCCACAUACCCGGAUGUCAACAGCUCCAUCAAGAUGGAGGUGGGCAUCGAGGACUGCCUGCACAUCGAGUUUGAGUACAACAAGUCCAAGUAUCACCUGAAGGAUGUGAUUGUGGGUAAAAUCUACUUCCUGCUUGUGAGGAUCAAAAUCCAGCACAUGGAACUGCAGCUCAUCAAGAAGGAGAUCACGGGUGGUGGUCCAAGCACGACCACAGAAAGCGAGACCAUAGCCAAGUACGAGAUUAUGGACGGUGCCCCCGUUAAGGGAGAGUCCAUCCCCAUCCGACUCUUCCUCGCCGGCUACGAUCUCUCCCCCACCAUGAGAGACGUCAACAAGAAGUUCUCUGUGCGUUACUUCAUCAACCUGGUGCUCAUCGAUGAGGAAGACCGGCGAUACUUCAAGCAGCAGGAGGUGGUGUUAUGGAGGAAGGCUCCAGAGAAGAUGAAGAGAAGACCGUACGCAUACCAUUACGAAUCGACAACUCAGGAUGCCCAUCAAGCUGAGAUAUGAUGUUUCACUGGCCAGCUCUUUCAUCUGUCUUGAUUAACCCAUCGCUACCUCCCAACUUCUUCCCCUUGUGUGUCCACGUGCAGGCUGUGUGAUUUGGAGGUUUUACCAAAUUAUUUUUUUUGCAUGAUUUGGACAUAAACACCGAACUUUCACAUUCCGGAACAUCCAUGUCUCAGUUUCCUCACUAUUUGAGACCUGGGAAACAUGGUGGUGAAAGUUCAUCUCGGUUUCAAAGUAAAACUGUGAGCAAAGUCAUUUCAUUUGGGUGUGUUUCUUAUGUGUUUGGCAGUACAUAUUCAUACGUAAAGUCAUGUUUUUGUUUUCUCAAGUAAUGCUUCAUUUUUCACAAACGUGUUGUACUUUGUUUUGCACAUUUUACUGAAUUAUCUUGAUCGUUUUUGCAAUUUUCGUUUUUCCCAUAAUCGGUUAUAAUCUAAAAGGUUAUUUGUAAUUUGUCCAAUUCUGAUUGUAAUGGUUAUUAUCCUUAUUAGUUUUUAACAAUAUCACAAUAAGGAACUUUGCUUAUGAUCAUGCGCUGUGCGAGGCACUGCGUCAUUUCGUUUGGAGGCUAUGCAUUAGCCACAUUUAAGAUGCAGGUUUAUUCGGUUUAAAAUUAGCCACAACAUUAAAACAUAGCACUUUAUGCCCACAAACAGUUUUAAAGUAUCAUGCAACGGCAAGCACAUCCUACAUUACCGUCUUUCAAUGAGAGAGAAAAAAUAAUGAAGAUCAUUUUGGUUUACAUUUUCUGUCUGUACUUGACAGUUACCACCGAAAGUGCAACAUUUUAUUUGUUAAAAAAAAGUGCAGCACUAAUGUCAGCCUAAAGAAGAUGUCGCAUAUUCACCGAUAUCCAAUGAUUCAUCUGCUGUGUUGUAUAUCAUCAGCGCUGCUGUGUGAUUACCCUGCCCGUGUAAGUCUUGCACACGUGUACUUAUUUAGAACCGCAUGCCCUCUUGUCAUCAGAUUCACUUUGUUACUAUCUUAAAUCACGUCCAUGGUUAUAUAUGUACCCUUGUCUGCAUGUUCUUCAAUCAAAUCGCAGUACUGUAUACCACUGAACCAUCAAGCAGUCGGCAAAGGUUAUAAAAAAAAGUUGUAUAUAUCCAUCAUAAACUUGUAUAAAACUCUAUCUUUAACAUACCACAAAUACAUAUUACCAAGAAUAGCGCCUGAAUAUCUGCGAGUUCAGUGACUUUAUUGACAUGCAGUUAUCGCAUAUUAUGCAUUUGUUUAAACCUUUCGAUCAUGCUCCAAACUUACUAUAAACUUGAUAUGAUGCGGUGUGUAUGCAUUCUCUCUGCCUACAUAUGCUAACAUUACAGCUAAAGUCAAUUGCUUGUAGUCAUUGGGCAAAGUCCAAAUCUCAUGUAUUUCACUCGAUUGUAAAACACUUGACUUGAAAAGGAAAAAUUUCAUUGUGACACUUGGUAUAUUGGGGUAUUAAUGGCAUGAAGGUCCUUGAAAAAAAUAUACAUUUAUAUAAAUGUUUAUUCAUGAGGAAGCCAUUCUUAAAGGGUGAUAGUGGCUCUUGACAGGUCAUUCUAAAACAAAAUUGUGCUGUAUUAACAAAGGUUGCGCUGCCAAUUCCAAAUGUUUUUGCCUUCAUUUUCUGAGCUGUUAUCAAAGCAUGCUUGUUAAACGCUUAAUAUGCAGUAUAAAAAGCAAAGUUUUUUGUACAUUGUGUGCCAGUGUAGUGGUUUUCUUGCUUAAAUGACACGCAGUCCACUACUCCACGCAGUAAUCGGAGUACGAGCAGUGUGGCUGGCUUUACUGUUAUUUAGCAACUGCAGAUUAAGAGCUAUGACUUAUGCCAAACGACAACACGUGAAUGGGAAUGAUUAUAUAAAUAUUGGCAACGUCAACUGCUAAAUAUAGGUAUUUGAGGCAUAUUUUUGUGUUAUUUCAAAUUCAACACCUUUCCCUUUGUUUCUGCAUUUUAUGCAAAUAAAAUUGCUAAUUGAGCAUUUUACACGG